AAAUGGCGAAAUCUUAUUCGCUCCGCGUUGAAACAUUGGGAAAGCGAGACCUGCCUGAGAUGGGAGGAGAACGGUCGCGGUAAAGACCACGUCAUAUUUUUCCGUGGCAGCGGCAAGCAGUUCAUAAUCCGUGGCACCGAUGGGAAUUUCGAACGACGUACUACACAAGAGAUCGAAGACAUGGGUCUUCCCUAUGACUUGGGCUCCAUUAUGCACUACGGGUCAAAUGCAUUCACAAAGGACUGGAAUGAGAUCACCAUUCGAACUAACGACCCGAACUACCAGCGGACAAUCGGUCAGCGUGGAGAACCUUCGUUUAUUGACGUGAAACAACUCAAUCGUUUGUACUGCAAUGAUAUAUGUCCCCCAAUGGGCUGUCAGAAUGGUGGUUAUCCGGACCCGAACAACUGCAAAAGAUGUAAGUGUCCUGCAGGGCUGGCCGGUAGAACAUGUGAGGAAAUCCCACAAGUAGGUUGUGGCGGCGAAUUGGUAGCCACUCCCAUAUGGCAGGAACUUGGUCAUCGUGGAAAAAAGCGGUGUUUCUGGAGAAUA